AUGGCGGGUUGGCAGUGCUCAUCGUCUGGAAUGAUCGCCGAAAAUAGCCCAUUCUCGGUGGAUGGACCGGCCGACAUCGGAGCAGGGGGCUGCUCAUGGCCAAGCCGAGGAAAGCGCAUUGUCAGCGGGCACGCCUCUAUCGGCCGGUCGGGCCGCUGCAACAUGUCGCGCUUCACGCUGCGGCUGCCCGACGCGUACAAGAGAGAAACGCUCAUUUUGUUGAAGCUAGCCGGCCCAGUGUUCAUUUCUCAGCUUCUGAGCUUCCUGAUCGGCUUCGUCAGCCUGGUGUUCUGCGGUCACUUGGGGAAAAGCCAGUUGGCCGGCGUGGCCUUAGCUAUCGCGGUGAUAAACGUCUCGGGUAUUUCCAUCGGUAGUGGCCUAGCGUCAGCAUGCGAUACGCUCAUAUCACAGACGUACGGCAGCGGUAAUCUGAAGCUUGUGGGGGUCAUCCUGCAGAGGGGCAUCCUUCUCCUACUGCUUUCCUGCUUGCCCUGCUGGGCCGUCUUGCUCAACACACAGCACCUACUGUUAGCGGUUGGGCAGAGCCGCGAUGUCGCCACGCUCUCUCAGCUCUACGUCAACAUCUUCAUUCCUGCUUUACCCGCCGCCUUCAUGUACCAGCUGCAGGCGAGGUAUCUUCAGAAUCAGGGCAUCAUGUGGCCUCAGGUGAUAUCCGGGGUCGCCUGCAACAUUUUCAAUGCAAUCAUCAACUACAUCUUUCUGGCUGUGCUUGAUCUCGGGGUGGCUGGAUCGGCAGCUGCUAAUGCCAUCUCUCAGUACUCCUUGAUGGUGGUUUUGUUUGUGUACAUGAACGCCAGGGGUCUUCACAAAGCCACGUGGGGCGGUUGGUCGCUGGACAGCUUGCGCGAGUGGGGACCCUUCAUGCGUCUGGCAAUGCCCAGCAUGCUGAUGAUGUGUCUGGAGUGGUGGCUUUACGAGAUUGCCAACUUUUUGGCAGGAUUAAUCAGUGAGGUGGAACUGGGAGCCGAGUCCAUCGUGUACCAGCUGGCCGUCAUGGUCUUUAUGUUCCCGACGGGUUUCUCCAUUGGGGCUAGCGUUCGCGUGGGAAACGCUCUCGGGGCCGGCAACGCUGAGCAGGCCAAGCUGUGUGGGAAGGUGUCCGUCAUGUGCGCAAUGGUGGUCGCAUGCUUCACUGGGACGUUCCUGGCCUUGUCCCGCGAUGUCAUCGCUUAUAUUUUCACCACAGAUAAGGAUAUUGCAGAAAGGGUGGCACAUGUUUUGAAGAUGUACAGCGUCGGUCACGUUGCUGACUCCUUCGCCGCUGUGAUAGGAGGAAUCGUUCGGGGCGCCGGAAAGCAAACCGUGGGCGCUGUCUGCGGCUUGGUGGGCUAUUACGUGGUUGGAUUCCCCAUAGGAGUCUCACUCAUGUUCCCUAUCAACUUGGGUAUCUUUGGCCUGUGGGCUGGAUUCUUGAUUUGUACUGUCCUGCAGUCUGUCUUCUACAUCAUUUAUCUGUGCAAGCUAAACUGGAAAAAAGCUACAGUUGAGGCACUAGUACGUGCUGGAGUCCAUGUUAGAGAACAAGACAAGAUCUUUGUGAUCGAUGACAAAGCACAUGAACAGCAGAUGAACACCCACUCAUCCAUUCCUACACGUCCAGAACAACCCGAAACGGAUGGAUCUGACCCAUUGUCGUUCCGCCAACUUGUGCUACGACGUGGCCUGGCGGUACUCGUCAUGGUCUCCAUCCUCGCUGCAGGAGUUCUUACCAGCGAGCUGCUCUUUGCUCUGAAAUCGGACUGA